AGGUCCCUGAAGAGUGUGUGUGUGUGUGUGUGCGUUAGCUGGAAGGUUAGCGACCUGGAAGUGGAAGGUGGAGUAGUGCGCCGUUCGCGUUGAAACAAUAAUCGUCAUUCGGUUGCGUGUUUUACAACUGGCGCUAUGGCUACUAUUUGAUUGCUCCUUGGAACAAAACAACUGGCGGCUGUGUUUGUGAUAGCGCUGCAAAAGCGGAAUUGACGUAGUAACAGGUUCCUCAAGCAUUUGUGUGCGAGUGUAUAUUUUUUUUUUGUUUUUGGUCAGUGAAAAGAGGUUUGUGAAACGUUACACCGCGUCUCCGGGUCGUCGUAAGCGUCUACCCAAAUCACGCAAGUGAGAAAGGAAGUUUUUCCGUCGCCAGACACCACCGUAGUAACCCGCCGAACCGGUUAGAGCUAGAGGAUAAUUGAAGGAUUAGAAAAAUCGAUCACGACCAGAGGGCGACGUCCCCGGGAGGUGCUCGGAAGACCUUCCGCUCGAUCCUAGCUAUUGCCCCCAGCCAAAAGAAAAGGAUAAUCGUAAUUGAAACACACCAAACGUUCGCGCUUCUAAGCAAAGGACAACGGAAUUGGCCUCCCCUAAAACAGACCUAAUCAUGCAGACGUCGAGUAUGGCGCGGAAUCUGGCCCAAGUGCUGCUCCUGUUAGGGGUGCUAGUGACACUACCCGGCACCACGUUCGGUCGCAGCUUCGAGAAGCAAACGAUGCGCAAAGGCAAAUCCGCACAGAUCGUUUCCUCCGCACCGACGAUCACGACCCCGCUGAUGGAUCUCUGCUCGGAGGACAUCAACAUGAAGCUGGCCUGCCACUGUUCCCCGGAAAGCCACACCAAGGCACAGAAAGCGUCCUGUUCCAUCUUCGACGGUGAGCUACCGCGUAAGGACUACAACUGGUUGGCGUUCCACACGCAAACCGAACUGGAGCACCUCAAGUUUACGGUGCGCAAGUCCGGCAAUCUCACCUACAUCCCGUCGGACGUGAUCAGUACGCUGGCACGGCUGCGUACCCUCACGAUCGAGUACGGUAUCAUCGCCGACAUCUAUCCGUUCGCCUUCGGUAACCUGACGGAACUGCGGGUCAUCAAUUUGCCGAACAAUCAGAUCGUAACGCUGCACGCGAACUCAUUCGCCAACCAUCGAUCGCUCGAGGAGCUGAUGCUGGAGAACAACUACAUCAAAAAGAUCGACCGGGAUGCGUUCGUCAAUGUGCCGAAGCUGAUCAAGCUGAACCUCGCCAACAACAGCCUCGUGAACCUGCACGACAAUGGGUUCGAGGAGCUGACGAAACUGGAGGAACUGCGGCUCGAAUCGAACCGCAUCUCGAUACUGGCCCGGGAGUACUUUAAGGGGUUGGAAAAUCUGAAGAUCCUAAAGCUAUCGUACAACGACGUCGAGUACGUCGGUGCGUUCGUGUUCGCCGAUCUGUGGAGUCUGCAGAUGCUCUUCCUCGAUAGUAACCGGAUUCAGAAACUGGACGAACGGGCGUUUGAUGGUUUGAACAACCUGAACUAUCUGCAUCUGGAGAACAACCGCAUCACGACGAUCGACAGUGCCACGUUCACGAGCGUCUCCGCCCUGCAGCUGCUCAACCUCGACUCGAACCAUCUAACGACGAUGACGUACGGGCACAUCGUCCCGCUGAUGGACAAUCUGGUCAACAGCAGCGCGCUGCUAUCCCUGCGCGAUAACCACCUGAUCUGCGACUGUCGGCUGGCGUGGAUGUACGAUCUGAACGAGCGGACGCGCAACGAGGAGCUACGGGAGAACCUGAAGUCGAUCGAGUGUAUGAUGGGGUUACCGGCCGCUGAGGAACCGACGGCACAUUCACCGCUGGCCAGCAUGAACGAGUUCGGUCAGCUCGAUGACGACGGUGACUAUAUCGAUGAUUCGGCCAGCGAGAACGAUGCGUUGGCGCACGAGCAACCGCAGAUCGUGAACGUGUUGAAGGUGGGCCGCGAAGAGCUGCCCUGUCCGGAGGAACUGGCCGGACCGACCGGUGAUCCGAAUCCGCGUGAAUCGAAGGGGCUGUUCAAUCUGCCCUGGAACAACUCGGCCGCCACCGGGACGCGGCAUUAUAGUAGUAGUGGGUUGCUUCUUCUAACGCUUGCGACACUCUGCGCGACGAUCGGUGGUGCGGGCGGUUGGUGUAGUGUACGCCGGAUGCUUAGCUGUUAACUUACCCUCACCACCCCAUCCCCCCACCAUAUUCUUGCCUCUCUCUCUCUCGCGCACCCCCCCAAACUUACACAUGCUCCCGUGUACGUGCGUGUGUGUGUGUGUGUGUAGUGUCUUACGUUUUAACGGGACCGCUUUCCUUUCGUCGCGCCUCUUGUGCACGUCCCUUCCAAUCCCUUACGCGAUUACGCACGCCCUCGACCACUUCCUCGCGAUUCUGAUUCCUUUUUCCCCUUUCAUACCCUUUCGUCGUCGUUGGUGGCGACGCCAUCAACUGGGACUGGAGAACUGGGCGUGUGCAUGUGUGUGUGUGCGCGCACGUUUGUGUGCAUGUGUGUGUGUGUGUGCCUGCGUGAGUGUACUAUAGUAGUGUGAGGAGCUGCGUAACGGGGAGUCCUUUUUGCCAACAAUUGAAUUCGUAGCGUUUAGCGAACACGUUUAGCGUUUAAUAGUGUUACUGUGUGCUAGGUGGGGGUGUGUCGAGGAAGGAAACAGGGGGAUGAUCAGCACCCUGAUCGAUCGAUCGGUCACUGUGUGCGUGAUAGAGAGAGGUGCGUGGGUGGUCCUUUUGCAGACAGACCACCAGCGGAGAGCUAGAGUUCCUCUUCCCCCAAACUAGAAUCGCACCCCGUCGUCGGCCCCCAUCCCGAUCAAUCCUUAAACACACACACACACACAAACUUGAAACACACACAUACAAUCACGGUAAUAUUUCAUUUCACGAGCGACGGGAGCGAUUCACGAAGAAGAAAAGAAAGAACACAAUUUUAACUGUAAAAUCUGCUACUGUGUGAGCUUCGUUCUGGUAGUGGUGGUGGUGUGUGUGUGUAUGUAUGUGUCUGUGGUCGGCUCCUUUUCGUCCGCUUCCCAGUGUCCCCGCGAUGGACGCUGUACGAAUGCGAACGAGAGUAGCCGGAGUAGCAGACACCACCAGCGACAGCAGCAGCAGCAGCAGCUGCAGCACCAGCCUAGCGAACCGGAACGAUCUUUUAAAAAAGGGAAUAAAAAACUUUUUCUUUUUUUUAUAAUAAAGAAAACUAAAAAAGUAUAACUAGAUCGUAAGAUAGAGAGAAGAAGAAAAAGAAGAAAACGAAAAAGAAGAUGAAAUACCAGAGAGCGAUGGUGAACCCCUUUGCAAACUGAUACAACGUAAGGAUAAGGCGGAAAUAAGAAACUUGUAAAGCAGUCACGAGAAAACUAUCGAAAGAAGAAAAAAAAACGGUAGCGAAGAACUUGUAAAACCGAAGAAACGGCGAAGCGAUAUGUAUGAAAUCUAAACCAAAAGACAGUCGACAGAAACUACUUAGACAGACACACUACAGACAAAAAGAGAGAGAGAGAGAGAGAGAGAGAGAGAGAGAGAGAGAGAGAGAGAGAGAGAGAGAGAGAGAGAGAGAGAGAGAGAGAGAGAACCGCAGAACAAUCGAAAGUGGAAAUUGGUUCAAGAGAGCAAGUAAUGUAAUGAAACUGUACACCAAUAGGAAGCAACCACCAGCAAAGGGAGGGAAUGCAAAGAAGAAGCAAAGGAAGCACACAUCCGCGGUGUCAGUGAAUCGGUUUUCCGCGAGCAGUACAGCGAGAAACCGGAGCGAAGGAAAGCACUGUGAAUAGGACGAGCUCGAGGAUGAGGUGAAAAUGUGAAAAAAGAAAACCUAGAAAUAAAAUUUGAAAGUA